AUGAACUCCACCCAUUACUCUUACAUCAGGCUGGGAGCCUAUUUUGAUGCAAAGUCAUUGAACUACCUGCUGUUCUUGAUUGUUCUGCUGAUUUACCUGACCAUUCUCUGUGCUAACCUACUGCUCAUCAUUCUGAUCUGUGUGAACCGGAGCCUCCAUGAGCCCAUGUAUGUCUUCCUGUGUAGUCUGUUUGUGAACGAGCUCUACGGUAGUACGGGGGUGUUCCCGCUCCUCCUGGUGCAGAUCCUCUCGGACUCUCACACCGUCUAUCGGCCUAUCUGUUUCCUGCAGAUCUUCUGCGUGUACUCAUAUGUGGGCAUCGAGCUUUUUAACCUGGCUGUCAUUUCCUAUGACCGAUACUUGGCCAUAUGUUUCCCGCUCCAGUAUAACACACGCAUGACCACUGCAAAGAUCGCCCUGCUGAUUGCGGUGGCAUGGAUCGUCUCUCUGCUGUUGGUUGCUGGGACAGCAUCUUUGAGCUCUCCUCUGAGGCUGUGUGGGAACGUCAUUGCCAACGUGUUCUGUAACAACUACUCAAUAGUCAAACUGGCGUGCUCCGACACCAGCGUGAACAACAUCUACGGCCUCUUCAUCACUGCUUUCCUGGUUUGUACUCCGCUCUUCCUCAUCCUCUACACUUACAUCAGGAUCUUUAAAGUCUGCUUCUCUGGGUCCAAACAGACCAGACAGAAGGCCGUGAGCACCUGCACGCCUCACCUGGCCUCGCUGAUCAACUUCUCCUGCGGUAUCAUCUUUGAGGUGGUGCAGAGCCGCUUUGACAACAUCCCAACUCUGCUGCCGGUGUUCUUCUCCUUGUACCUCCUGACAUGCCAGCCGCUCCUCAACCCCGUCAUGUAUGGCCUGAAAAUGUCCAAAAUACUCAACGUCUGUAAAAGUCUGUUUUGUUCGAAGGUUUCAGUCACCCAGCUUCAGCGGCGAGUCUGA